AUGGCGGAAGGACUUUAUCGCUACAAACCCAAUGCGACUCUCGCGAUCGUAUGCGCGGGUCUCUUCGGAAUCAGCGCCAUCAUCCACCUCAUCGUCAUGAUCAAACGAAAAGCCUGGUUCUUCACAGCCUUCGUCAUAGGCGCAAUAAUGAUGACUUUAGGCUACAUCGCCCGCUUCGCCUCCGCCCGAAAGGACACAAGCGUAAUGCUCUACGCCAUCCAAUCCCUCCUCAUCAUCCUCCCUCCCUCAUUGUACGCCGCAACCAUGUACAUGAUCUUCGGGCGUCUAGUCGUUUUCGUCAACCACCCGUCCGCAUCGCUCAUCCGUCCCACGCGCGUCACAAAGAUCUUCGUUACAGGCGACACGCUCUCGUUCCUCCUCCAGGCCGGCGGCGGCGGCAUGAUGUCCAUCUCCAGCAUGGCAAAUAUGGGUCAAACACUCAUUAUGGUCGGAUUGGCAUGUCAGUUGCUGUUUUUUGGGUUCUUUCUGGUUAUGGCGAUUACGUUCAGACAGAGGAUGCUUAAGUCUUUCAUUCCGAAAACGGGGAAAUAUAAUUGGCAUUCGCUCAUGACGAUUUUGCUUAUCGCUUCGGGUCUUAUUAUUGCGAGGUGUGUUUUCAGAAUGGUCGAGUUUGGACUAGGGAGGGAUGGAGCGCUGAUGGCUAAGGAGGCAUAUGUGUACAUUGGGGAUACGUUGCUUAUGUUCCUGGUGCAAAUCAUGUUCCAUUUCCGCCACGCAAGCAGAGUUUUUGCGGAACCGGUUGGGAAUGUGGGAGGUAUGAAGGUGUUCAGUACGUCGAAUGUUGAACUGGGACAUGUACAUCCGCAGGGCCCGAGGAUGUUGCAUAAGCAUGAUAGUUAUGAGCCUCUGACUGGGCCGAGAUGA